AUUUCCAUCUGCGCACAUGAAAAAUUUUUUUUUUUUUCAAAGAAAGCACCCAUUAAUAACCUCGUGUACUCCAAAGUCGGUUUCAAUUGUUAUUAAAAUUAAUUAUUUAUGACCAUUAAUGAGGCAUUAAAAAUUAUUGAAUAGAUGAAUUUGUUGUAAACUUUUACAAGUCAAUUAUAAACAAUGGCAUUACGUGGGUUGACAUUUACCCGUAAUAUUCAUAUGACAGCAGUAAAUAAUGAAAUACGUAAAUUAACACGAUUAAGAGUUGUAGACAACAGUGAAAUCGGUAAGAGAGCUAUGCUUGAAGGUAAACCACCAAAAUGUAUACAUAUUUACAAUAAAAAAGGCGUUGGAUUUAUAGGUGAUCGUGUCUUGGUAGCAAUUAGAGGUGAAAUGAAGAAAGGAAUUCUAGUUGGAUUGAGACAGAUACAAAAUCCAAAAGUGCCUAAAUUUGAUAGUAAUAACAUAGUGUUGAUUGAUGAUAAUGGAACCCCACUUGGUACACGCAUUCAUGUACCAAUACCACAUAUUUUAAGAACAAUUCUUAAACAAAAAACUCAUUCGAAAGGAGCUGACUACACUAAAUUAAUAGCCAUUGCAUCGCGAUUUGUGUAGAGAUAAACAAAUUAUUCAAAGACUUACAAUUAAUCGUUAAAAAAAAUUUGUACUCUUCUGUUUACUAGGAUAUUAAAUGUAAAAAUGAAAUGAUCCA